UUUUUGGUGUGCUUCUUGACGUGUGGCUCUCGGGCUAUGUACGUGGACUUUGUGAGCAGUUCCUCCAGAUGUAUGACCAUCCCGAGGCACAUGCCUCUGUGCUACGGCAUUGGGUACACCGAGAUGAGGAUUCCCAACUUGUUGGAGCAUGAGACCAUGGCCGAGGUGAUCCAGCAGUCUUCCAGCUGGUUGCCGCUACUGGCGCGGGAAUGUCACCCAGACGCGCGGAUAUUCCUAUGUUCGCUGUUCGCACCUAUUUGCUUGGAAGGAGAUCGACUCAUCAAGCCGUGCCGCAGCCUGUGCGAGGCGGUAAGGAACAGCUGUGCGCCAAUAAUGGCUUGCUAUGGAUACCCCUGGCCAGAGAUUCUGAAAUGUGACCAGUUUCCUAUCGAUCACGGCAUGUGCAUCUCCACAAUCACAAACGGCACGAGCAAUCGGAGAAUGCCCAGAGCCAGCUGCAGGGAUUGUGAACUCGAUGAGGCCAGCAGUGCCAAGGAGAUCCUGGAUACGUUCUGUGCUAAUGAUUUCAUUGCCAAAGUUCGCAUCACGAAAAGAAACACCACCUUGUCCUCGGUUUCAGACUUCGACAUGGAUUCCAAGGUGGACAUUCUAAAGCACGGCCCGCUCCUCAAGGCUGACCUCUUCCCUCGCCUCCAGCAGUGGCUGGACCUGGAUGCCACCUGCGUGCAGAACAUCAUGCGCGGGACCCGCAGCGGCACUUACGUCAUCGGCGGCGACGUGCAGGACGACAAACUGGUAGUGAACAACGCCUACCCCUGGCAGAAGAGGAACAAGAACCUGCAUUUCGCUGUCAAGAAAUGGAAGCAUCACCGGUGCCGAUCGUAGAAUCUGCAAAGGG